AUGAGGGUUCUUUGUGUUGCCGAGAAACCUGCCAUUGCGAAAGCCGUGGCUUUCAUACUUGGAGGGGGACGGGUAUCCACGCGACAAACAAAGGUAGGUUGGAUCAAGAACUACGAUUUCGAGUUCAACUUCCCGCAGUUCGGGAGCUGUGAGGUUACGAUGACGGCGGUGACUGGCCACAUUACCACGAUAGAUUUCCCUGAAAACUACGGUUGGGGCAAAUGCGAGCACUCGAGUCUCUUUGAGGCCCCAAUUCUCACGAGAUUCACUGACAAAAAUUCCAUGAACAUUGCCAAAAAUAUCACUGAUGAAGCUUCACGAUCGAAUAUUCUAAUGAUAUGGACAGAUUGCGAUCGAGAAGGAGAGUACAUUGGAUACGAGAUUAUGGAACAGGCAAAAAAGAAGAACCCCAGCAUCAAUUUGGAGACCACCCAGCGAGCGCACUUCUCCCAUCUUGAACGGUCGCAUGUGAUUCGGGCAGCAUGCAAUACCACGAAACUAGAUCAAAAGGCGAUCGACGCCGUUCUGACACGCAUGGAGCUCGACUUGCGCACUGGGUCCAGCUUCACGCGCCUUCUCACGGACCUGUUCAGAAGAACUUUCAAAACUUUGUACCGGAGGAAUUCUGGUAUUUGA